AUGCCGGAGUCCACACACACCACCUCAUCUGAGUCGCUAGCAACACUUUUAGGUAAGUUCACCCAGUUGAAAUCCAAACGACUAGAAACAAUCAGGCUUAACAAAGCAGAUGUGGCACAAGAAACAAGAAGGCAAAAACUAGCCACGCUUCAAUCAAAAUCAACACAUCAUUAUGAACCUGACUCGAGAAAAAGCCUACCUCAAAAUGAACGUAUAUUGGAAUAUACAAUAGAGGAAUGUGAAGCGUGGGAUGAAAAGCAACAAAGACGAUUAAACACUGGUAUACAAGACCAAGAUAAGUUGGCAGAAGCCUCAUACUACAAAGAAAUUAACAACAUAAAAGUGGACAAGGAGGCCUACCUCAAGUCUUGUCAGAGUGAUCACAAUUCCGACAUUGUUGACAAAAAGGUAAAGGAGGAAGUCAGUGCCAUUGUGAAGGGCUCCAAGGAUCGGAAGUUUAACAAAAAAAGAGGUCGUACCGAUGAUGAGGCGGGCAAUUACAUCAGCGAAAAGAACAGACAGUUCAACUUGAAACUUAACCGACAAUAUGACAAGCAAUAG